UGCCGGUUGGGAGACAGCAACCCAAGCGGUGGCUGCUUCUGGGGGGCCCGUGAGCUAGUUGACGUCAUCAGCCCCAAAAGGGCGUGAGCCCAGCAUCUUGUGGGGUGAUUUGGGGAAAAUAAGUUUUUGGUGUGACCUUUAGGUGUUUAAAGUGACGUCAGCAUUUAGAGGAAGUGCAGAUCAACUAUAUCUGUAGUCCCCAAAAGGUUAAAGGUCUUAUGCAAACAGGGGUCAAAGGUGGAAGUUAUGUUUAAUUAGGUUUAGUGGUCAGCUUUACUGAUCUGGGUUAAAACCUUUAUUUCCAUUGUGUAUAUGUAAGUAAUCUAGGAGGUCAGAGGUUAUAAAGGUGUGCAGGGUAGGGGACAAGCCCAGGUUAUAGUAACAUCCCAUCCUCUUGAGGCACUAGACUGCCAUGGUGGGUUCAGAGGUUUCUCUGUCCCAGGUCCAGCCCUGUUUCCAGCUCCUACGUAUGGGUGCUGAUCCUGGACCCUCUCCGGUUUCAAGCAAUGGUGGUGCACCUUACCUUGAUCUGUACACCUUUCUGCCAGACUUGCCCCGCUGCACCUACAAGCUUGGCUCCCACCCUGAACUGUGUGAUGUCCCCUUGCCAGGAAAACCACGUGUCCAUGCAGAAAUCCAUGCGGAGAGGGAGACCUCAGGUCAUGGGGAUUGGAAGGUCACAUUGCAAAGCUGUACCAACUGUGGGAUAUAUGUGAAUGAUACCCAUCUCGCGCGCGGUGAGAGAUUUGAGUUGACAGAUGGCGACCUUCUUCGCUUUCAAGAGAAAGUAUCCUCUCAUCCUACACCAGACAUAUAUUUUAUGUUUCAGCGAGUCAGCGUGCGACCUUUGGACUUUUCUGCCAUCACCUCCCCACGUGCUCGGAAAGUGCUUCCGGGUUUUACACCUGUUGUGGGCAGUCAGAGACUUAAAGGAGGACUUGGUGCUUCCCCUCACUACACUACUGGUGCCACAGUUAUCCUCAACUCAAUUGGUAGUAUCAGCAAAAUGAUGCGUGAAAAAAUGCAUAGCAGACUGGUGGUUGGUGGUGCGGUUGAGAUGCUAAAACCUUCCACUCCUGAUCUUCCUUUGCCCUCUCGUACUGGUCAGGAGCGGAGAAGCAGCCGGAGGAAAGCGCAACACAGGGUUUUGUGUGAGUUGGAAGAGGAGGAACAUGAUGACGAGGGUGUUGACAAGGAUGAAUCAGUGGGCAAGAGAAAGAGAAAAAGAGGAAGACGAAAGGAAGAGGAGAGAAUGAUGCAGCAGGGGGAGUCGGGCAGAAAGCCACGUGGUCGCCCCAGGAAGCACCCAGUAGUACCUCUGGUGGUAUCCCAGACUGUCUCCAGCGCAGAGCCCUGUGCAUCCCGUUCCUGCUGCCUUCCUCAAGAGGACACGGUCAGUUGGGUACAGUGCGACCAUUGUGACUCUUGGUACCACGUUGUGUGCAUCGGUCGGAGCUUGACUUCCCUACAGAACACAGACUUCCACUGCGGUUGCACGUGACUUUUGGGAAAACCAGUCUCUCUUUACUGUAUCUUCAGUUUUCCUUAUUCUUUGUCUGUUCUUCAUUUCGACUUUCACUGGCCUUUUAAACGUACGCUUCUCAAUUUUUUUUUUUAUUUUUUUUUCUAUUCAUGCAAAACAGCAUUUUAAACUUGGCAAUUUUUAUAUAUCCCCACCCGAUAUAAUGUUGAGGGACAGUAAACUGAGAUUGUACAAAAUAUGUUUUUAUAUGUAGCAAAACAACCUUGCAAUAUACUUAUUUAUUUUGUCCCCUUUUUUUAAAAAAAAUGUACAUUUGAAUACAAUGGAUUUCCACUUCUGAGAACUGGAAUUGCACACUGCAAAAUUCUCAAACCUAAACCUGCUCACAUAUCUGCCCCUGCCUGGCUUCAACGAACAGAUAAACUGCGAAACAGUGCAAGUAUUGUUGAGUGUAGCAAAUAAAAUGUUUACACUCACCUGACUGGUUUUAUACAAAGACAAGAGAAUUAUCUUGAAAUUACAAGGUUUGCUGUGUCUUUGAGAAUAAUACAGCUAAAUUAGUUGAGUACUUUUUACUAGAUUCAUAGGUUCAUGGGCAUCCAAGUACCACUUUGUCUAUGGGCAUUAGCAGAAUGUUUACAGCUGUUAGCUUCAUUUUAAAGGGACAUGAAAUCCGAAUUUGUUCUAUCAUAGUUCAAAGAAUACAAAUUUUUAAUAAACUUUGUUUGAAUUUAUGAGAAAUAUAGCAAUGGCAUGUCACAUAUUUAUAGUAAUAAGAAAUCUGAAAGAGUGAUACACAGAUAACAACCCACGCAUUGUGAAAAAAUCGCCAUAUUUAAAUGCUUUUUUACACGAAUAGCAAAAAUUUGAGUACAGUGUACUUUUAAUUUCUCUUAACAAAAUACACCUUAAUCAUGCUGCCAUACUCAACAGCAGAGGACAAAAAGCACUCAGACUUAACUUCCAUAUAAGACGGUUUGCUGCACUGUUGUUCAACAUAUUUUAGCCUCAAAAUAACCCUACAAAUGGAAAACCAUGGUCCUUGGGAAAAUUACACAAACAAUGCUAUGCUGCCUUUGUGCCACUCCAUUUAAGGACCAGUCAACACAUUAGAUUUGCCAAUCACAAAUGCAUAUACGUAUAGUCUGUGAAUUCUUGCACAUGCUCAGUAGGAUCUGGUGACUCAAAAAGUGUAAAUAUAAAAGACUGCACAUUUUUUUUAAUGGAAGUAAAUUGCAAAGUUGCUUAAAAUUACAUGCUGUAUCUGAAUCAUGAAAAUUUAAUUUAACCUGAGUGUCCCUUUAUUUUAAAACGGGUUAAUCUACUUGAGUCUUGAAUGCCAACCUUAACAAACAUCCAGUAUUCAUAAAACAUUUUAAUUUUGAUUCCAGUACAAAAUUGUAACACUUUAUAUUUUAAUAUCUUGUUGAUUAUAAUUUAUAUAUAUAUAUUUGUGGGUCAAAGGUGCCUUCACAGUGGCAGACGUUGGGCAUUUGUUUUAUCUUUAGAACACUUUUUAAGCAAACCGUGUUUGAUUGGAGGGCAAAUAUUGUUCAUUAAAAUUCUUGCUGGUAAAAGGAGUUUUAACGGGUUCCCUUUUGUAUAUUCCAGUUGCAAUAAAUUAAAGCACUAUUUACAAUAA